GUUUUAUCAAUCCUUCUUGUAUUUUAAGUUAAACUUUACGGAGUUGCUAAAAAUCAGUCUGACUGAGAUUUUGCGAAAUCUCAGUCGACUGGCCAGCUGUUCGAUCGAUGUUUGAUUGUAGAUUCGCGCUGGGGCGCUUUGCCCUUUGUUUCGGCCUGUAUAAUACACGGACCGGCCCGUUUACUUGUCUUUCUGUUGGAGCGUUGUCUAAUGCUUGGGGCCGGCCUGGAUUCGUGCGAGCAUGUCGCUUUUUUGUAGGCUGGGGCAAAGUGCUGGGGGUGCAGUAAAUAAAGGGGGUGAAGAGGAUGUGGGACUCGUGGUAAUUAAGAGGAGGGGAACGGCAAGUCAGUUCAUUUCUUCCUUCUCUCUCUAUUCUUCUCUGUCAAAUCUGAAGAUCUGCAGCGGAACGAAGAAAUCGAUGUGCUCCUCCACGGCCAGCGAGAGAACAGGCGGUGCUGCUGAUGGAAUAAGUGCCACCCCCUCCUUUUCUUGUUGUUUGUUUUGUUGGCGAGAUGUAGUAGAUCUGAGGGGAUUUUGGGUUUCAUUUUUUGUUUGGAUCAAGUCCAGAUUAGGAGCUUGAAGCAUAGAAUCGCUCCCCCUUUUUAAUCAAACAGUGGCAUGUAGUGUGUCCUCUUUUUUGUAUGAUUUUUCUUUUAGACUUUUGCCGAAUCCAUUUUCGUGAAAUCAGUAGCAUGUUUGAGGAUUAUUACGUACUGAACCCAAACCCUCUCAUAUCUAUUACUGAACCUAUCACUAGGAGUGGCUCAGUCCCUUGUUUUGUUUUAUUUUAUAUUUUGCUGAAACCCAUUUAAUCAAUAGCAUGUUUUUGAAAUCUUUUCUCUGUAUACGAGAGAGAUUAUUACUGAAUCUAUCACUAGGAGUGGGCAUGUUUAUUUGUUUUGUCAUAUUUUUUGUUGAACCCCUAUUAAUAAGUAGCAGUAGCAUGUUUUUUCAGUUUUCUUGCUGAAACCCUAUGAAUCAGUACCAUGUUCAAUUUUUUUGUCUGGGAUCAAGAUAAUGAUUACUAAAUGCAUCACUAGCAGUGGUAUGUCGAUUUCUUCCAUGUGUUCACACAUUUUUUGUUUUAAUUUGGUCUUUUGAUAGAUUCAUCUUUUUAUCUCUGCAACCCAAUGUAAAUAUAUUUUUGCUCAUCAGCCGUCGAUGCCAAUGAUAAAUCAUCAUUAUCUUGAAAUCCUUUUUUUAAGCAUGCAAGUUUCUCACUAAAAUCAUUAGCUGAAUAUGUAUGCCUCGCACUAGCACAAAUUUAUCUUUGGCACCAUUUUUAUGUGCACAGGAGAUGGUUUGCACAGUUUGUCUGAGCCCUUGUUGACCGCGAGAGCAGGGGAAGCGGCAUCAGUAUGUAUGUCUGGAAGGAGUUCAAGAAGGGAGGGGGUUGUUACAUGCAAUGAAAGGGUUUGUUCCGACAACCUGACGGGAGAUAGGUUGACAUUCAAGGCAAACAAACAUACAUACACUGUGAAGUGUCACAAGGGGCGCAAGCAGAGUGCAUUGUAUGGGAGAGGGUGGAGAAAGUUUGUUGCACACAACAAGCUGGGGAAGGGUCAGAUGGUUUUGUUCUACUUGGACCAACAUUCACCAAGGGCGGUUGUUUGCGUGGUCUAGUUUGGAAACACUGAAGAUGUUAGGGGGAGGAUCAAGUUGUUUUCUGAAACCCUAACUUUAUAGUUGACUAUCUUCCUCUCGCUUAGCAUCAGAUCCCCAUUUCUCCAUGCACAUUACCUUUUUAAAAUGUUAUUUUGUAGCCAUUAUUUUUUAGUAAAGCAUAGUUUCCAUUUUGUCGAUUUUUUUCCUUCAACAAGGAGUUAGACUAUCAGGUCCGACUCAUUGGUUUUGAUUAUUUCCAUUCCUAUUGAUGGAAAAAAAUGCAGUUAGGCAUUAGUAAUUUUUUAGGGUGACGUUAAUUAGUAGUAGAUGUAGUUCAUCUCUUUUGCAUUUUCUUGGGAUAAGGUGUUAAUCAGUAGUAGAUGUAAUCCUAGUGAACUUUUUAAAUGUCAUUGUCUUGUAGGGGCUUUUUUAACCACAGAAUGCUUUUCUUGGAGCUAAUCCUUAUGUGAAAAGCAUCUUCUUCCACUUUGUUAAGUCAUUCGUGUGUGAGCUUUUUUUGUUUUGCAUCUAUUGCAACCUUAAGUCAAUAGUAAAGCUCAAUUUUAUGUCAAGAAAUGCAUGCAUUUUUUUGUUUUUUGUUUUUUGUUUUUGGCAGUAUGAUCCCUCACAGCCUUUUACUUUUCUUACUCCACCAACAGGAAUGGUGUGCCCAGUUUACCACGCAUACUGCCAAAAUGAAAAUGGUCGGAGAUUCGACAUCUAUGUCUGUGAUGCCAACGGAAUCUUUCCCGCUCUCAUGGAUGCCCACAAGCAGAUUGCACGCAAGAUAGAAACUAAAACCGAGGCCUCCUUGAAAGAAGGAGCAGUUGUUAUGAGUCUUAUCAUCAAUUCUUAUUUUCACACGGGAUCCUAGAGAAGGCUAAAGCUGAAACAAGAGAUUGGCUUAACAGUGUGGGCACGAAAUACAAAUGGACCAGUCAACCGGACGGAGGUAAUACGUUGCAAACGGUCUGGCCCAGUCGGACCCUUGUGCGUGCGUGGCCUCGCUAUUGGACGCAACGAGCGUCCAAUAGAAUCUCCCCAACCCAAUCCUUGCACCUGCUACUACUACGUGUCUUCUCCUUGAACCACGUUCUUUAUCUUACCUCGAGCGAGGCAACCGGCAGCAGCCUCCGAUGCCAAGGGCCAGUGGGCGCGCGAUGCACCAGCUUCCCCUGGCCGCGCGGCCGCCGGCGCCGCGGUCUCACUGUUCUCGGAGUAGGUCGGCGUGCCGCUGCAGCCUGAAGCAGGCGCCUGCCUCUCUCGCCGUGGCCGCAAGACGGUGCGCGGCCGCGCCGCUCUUGGCCGCGUCGCUCCUCCUCGCCGCCGCCGCGACUCCUGGCAUUCCUGCCGGUACUCCACCAGCGUUUGCCCAAUCCCAAGGCGCGGCGCUGUUCCGGAAGGCGUGCAUCGGGUGCCACGACACGGGUGGGAACAUCCUACAGCCGGGAGCCACCCUCUCCAUGAAGGAUCUUGAGAGGAAUGGAGUUGCCACGGAGGAAGAGAUAUACAACAUUACUUAUUACGGGAAGGGAAGGAUGCCGGGUUAUGGAGAGCAAUGCACGCCGAGAGGGCGGUGUACCUUCGGCCCCCGGCUGCCUGAAGACGAUAUCAAGAUGCUUGCAGCAUUUGUCAAAUCGCAAGCAGAGAACGGGUGGCCAAAGAUCGACGGUGAUGUCGAGUGAUCCGAUUACGGCUGAACACGAGGAGCUAGCUCCAUUUCGCGAGGAGGCUGAAACCAUAACUGUUUAUGAGGUUAAUAUUUUUUUUGACUCGCAAGCAAACCGUAGAACAAUUGUUCUAAAUAAUUUUACAUUAAUAAAAUGAAAAUAGUUAUUCA